CGCCCUUAACCACACGACCCCACCCACCCCGUCCGCGCGUCGCGAUCGUGGACCGCGUGCCCAAGGAGGGCACCCCGGGGUCUGCGAGGUGGACGAGGCGAGGGACGUCGCCUCCCGUGGCUUCCCGUGGACGCCGUGACAAUCCACAUCCCACUCGGGGCGGGACUUGCGGAGUGCGGCGCUGCACGCGGCGGGGAGGACGCGGCCGCCAUGGACGAGGUAGAGGUGCCACACAACGGCGGCAAACCCAUAGCCUACAUCAGGAGGCGAACUUGGGCGGAGGAGUGACGCUGCGGCGCCAUGGCGCACGCCGCCUCGCAGAUGAAGAAGUCUCGGGACGUGGUGGUGCCCACCGAGGAGCCUGGAACCCCCGGGGGGGUGGGCGUGGGGGGAGCAGGAGGAGGUGGUGGGGGGGACAGCGGCGGCGAUGCGGACUCGGCGCGGCCCAAGCGCGGUGGGGGCAGCACCCGCAGGCGCAGCACGGAGCGCAGGCGCAAGGUGGAUGUGAAUACGAGUUUACUGCGAGCGGCUCGUGCUGGGAACCUGGAGAAGGUUCUGGAGCUCCUGAAAGCCGGGACUGACAUCCACACAACAAACCAGAAUGGGCUGAACGCGCUGCACUUGGCUGCCAAGGAGGGCCACGUCGCGUUGGUGAAGGAGUUACUGACUCGCGGGUCAGAAGUUGAUUCUACAACCAAGAAAGGGAACACGGCUCUGCACAUCGCCUCGUUAGCUGGGCAGACAGAGGUCGUGACCCUGCUCACCGAACAUGGAGCUGACGUCAAUGCGCAGUCAGAGAAUGGAUUCACGGCGCUCUACAUGGCCGCCCAGGAGAACCACGUGGCCGUCGUCACCCACCUGCUGGGCACCGGGGCCAACCAGGCCAUCGCCACCGAGGACGGCUUCACGCCGCUGGCCGUGGCGCUGCAGCAGGCCCACGAGCGUGUGGUGGAGCUGCUGCUGGAGGGCGACGCGCGCGGCCGCGUGCGCCUCCCCGCGCUGCACAUCGCCGCGCGCAAGGACGACACUCGCAGUGCCGCGCUGCUGCUGCACAGCGGCACCAACGGCAGCAGCAGUGGCAGCACGCAGCAGCAGCAGCCGGAGAGCGAGCACGCCAAGGCCCUGGUGAACCGCACCACGGAGAGUGGGUUCACGCCGCUGCACAUCGCCGCUCACUAUGGCAAUGUCAACGUCGCCCGGCUCCUGCUGGAGUGUGGAGCCGACCCCAACUACAUGGCCAACAACGGGAUCUCUCCGCUGCACGUUGCGGCGAAGCGAGGCCACUCGGAGCUCGUGACGCUGCUGCUCAGCCAGGGGGGCAACAUCGACGCACGCACCAGGGACGGCCUCACUCCGCUGCACUGUGCAGCUCGGAGCGGCCACGAUGGAACUCUGGAGAUCCUCCUCGAGCAGGGAGCACCCAUCCUUGCCAAGACCAAGAACGGGCUCUCCCCGCUGCACAUGGCGGCGCAGGGCGACCACGUGGGCUGCGUGCGGGGUCUGGGUGCGCGCGACGCCCCAGUGGACGACGCCACGCUCGACUCCCUCACCGCACUCCACGUGGCGGCCCACUGCGGCCACUACCACUCCGCCAAGCUCCUGCUGGAGCUGGGGGCCGAGCCGGACGCCCGCGCGCUGAAUGGUUUCACGCCGCUCCACAUUGCGAGCAAGAAGAACCGGGCGCGCGUCGUGGAGCUGCUGCUGCGCCACCGCGCCACCAUCGGCGCCGUCACCGAGUCUGGCCUGACUCCGCUCCACGUUGCCGCGUUCAUGGGGAACCUGGAGGUGGUGUCGCUGCUGCUGCAGUACGGAGCGACGUUGGACACGCCGAACGUGCGUGGUGAGACACCAUUGCACAUGGCCGCCCGUGCGGGGCAGCUCCCAGCCGUGAAGAGUUUACUGAAGGCCGGGGCGGACCCACACGCAACCACACGGGACGAGCAGACGGCGCUGCACCUGGCCUCCCGCCUGCCUCGCCCGGAGGUUGCGCUCGCCCUGCUGGAGGCCGGGGCGCGAACCGACGCGGUUUCGGCCGGAGGGUACACCCCGCUGCACAUCAGCGCGCGCGCCGGCCACACACUCACCACGGCGAGCCUGCUGCACGCGGGCGCCGACCACACGCUGCCCACCAGGAAAGGCUUCACCCCUCUGCACGUCGCCGCCAAGUAUGGACAAACCGACGUGGUGCGACUGUUGCUUGAGGGCGGAGCCCAAACUGACAUCACGGGCAAGAACGGGCUGACCCCGCUCCACGUCGCCGCUCACUACGACCACCAGGAGGUGGCCCUGGUGCUGCUGCAGAAUGGAGCCUCACCCACGGCCACCGCCAAGAAUGGGUACACCCCCCUGCACAUUGCCUCCCGCAAGGGCCAGGACCCCCUUUGUCUCUCCCUGCUGUCUCACGGGGCCGACGUGGAUGCGCACACCCACCAGGGGGUGCGCGCGCUGCACCUGAGCAGCCAGCAGGGCCACGGCGCGGUGUGCAGCACCCUGCUGACCCACGGCGCUCAGCACACGCCCCGCACCACGAUGGGGCUCACCCCAAUGCACCUUGCUGCCCAGGAGGACCGCGUGGAAGUUGCUCAGCAACUCGAGGCUCACGGAGCCGCCAUCGACCCCGUCACCAAGCUGGGCUACACCCCUCUGAUCGUGGCCUGUCACUAUGGGAACGCUCCGAUGGUUGAAUUCCUCUUGCGCAAUGGGGCUGACGUCAACCACAAAACCAAGAGCGGAUACACCCCCCUACACCAGGCGGCUCAGCAGGGCCACACGCACAUUGUCAGCCUCCUCCUCAAGCAUGGAGCCCGGCCCGAUGACGUCACCAAUGGCGGGAACACGGCGCUCUCCAUCGCCAACCGCCUGGGCUACAUCUCCGUGGUGGACACCCUGCAGGCCAUCACCACGGAGACUCAGACCGUCACCAUGUCGGUUUCCCAGAGGCACCGGCUCAGCAUCCCGGAGACCAUGACUGAGAUGCUGGACGUGUCCGACGACGAUGUGCGUAAGGCUCCAAGCUGUAACGACGUGGCAUCCGACACCGACGAAGGAGACGGAGGCCCAACACUCCACCCGGAUGACAUCCUGGCUCUGACGGACGACUCGCUCCCCGACGAAACUCGACUAUCAGAACUGAGGACCCCGGCGCGGUCGCUAGGCGCUGCACCCUCCACCGGCCCCUUCGCGUCUCCUGGCGGCCUCUCUCUGUCCCUGAUGCGCGAAGCUCCCUUGAGCUCCCGCGAGGACGAGACGUCGCUCCGCUCGGCCGCCGCCGCUCCUCUCCAGGUGGAUGACGAUGUGGAGCGAGCGAUGAUGAGGUGGGGGACACCGGAACACUGGGACAACGUCACCUUGUCUUCCAGCCCCAUGCAUUCUGGUGCCUGCACGCCAUUGCCCCAGUAUGACAACAGCUUCCUGGUGAGCUUCCUGGUGGACGCGCGGGGGGGCUCGAUGCGUGGCUGCCGCCCCCCCGGACUUCGCCUGCUCGUGCCCCCGGGUGCCUGCGCCUCCCCGACGCGCGUCACCUGCCGCCUCGCCAAGCAGCAGCCCCCCGCCACGGGCUCCGCACCCGGAGACACUCAACCCCAGGGACCACCGGUGGUGGAUGGCGAGGGUCUGGCCGCUCGAAUCAUCCAGCUGGGCCCUCCCCUUGGCCGCUUCCUUGGGCCCGUGCUGCUGGAGGCGCCCCACUACGCGUCGCUGCGCGGGGGGCUCCGCGAGGUGGUGGUGCUGCGGAGCGACGACGGCGCCACGUGGGCCGAGCACAAAUACACGCCCAGCGACGAGGAGCUGCGCCAGCUGAUGGCCGCCUCCAGCGAGGAUCUGGAGGGCGAGUCCCCGAUGCUCACGCGUCAGUCCUGCCGCGUCCUCACCAAGGACUUUCCCAAGUUCCUGGCCCUGGUGUCACGCGUAACCAUGGAGACGGGGAUGCUGGGCCCCCAGGGGGGGGCCCUGUGGAGCCGGGGGGUCCCUGGGGUGCGCGUGGCCUUCCCCGAGGGGGCCCUCACUCGACAAAUCCGCCUCGGCCUCCAGGCUCAAGCGGGGCCCGACGCGCCGGCUCGUGAUUGGCCGGGAAACCGCGUCACCUUUGGCCCAGUCGUCACCCUCGAACCACGCCGACGCAAGUUCCAUCGACCAAUCACGGUGACAAUGCCACUACCACAACCGCACGGGACACCAGCCGAAACGACGCCCCUGCGCCACCACGGCAACCUACGCCUGUUGUGCAGCAUCGCCGGAGGCGUUGCUCCGGCCGUGUGGGAGGACAUCACGGACACGACCCCACUGACCGUGUCCGGAGACAGCCUGACCUUCCAGACCAGCGUGUCGGCACGGUUCUGGCCGGUGCUAUGCACGGCCGCCCGCGACGCCCCGGCGCUGGCCCCCCUGGCGUACGGCGAGCUGUCCCGCGUGCCGUACCUGGCGCACUUCCGCGUGUGGGCUCGGCGCCACGACGCCGACCCGCGGCUCGCGCGCCUCUCCUGCGCCUGCGCCUGCGAGGAGCGCGACGCGGGGGGCGGCGGGUCAGGGGGGGGCGCUCCCGCGCGGGCGCGCCACACGCAACUGGCUCGCAGCAAGACGGUGGAGGUGCUGGACGGGGCACCCCUUCUCGUUAGUUGCCAAGGAAACCUGACUCCAUUGACCCCACGGGGUCAGGGGCUGUCGCUGCCGUUCCACGCGUUUCGCGAGAACCGCCUAUCGUUCGGCGUGAAGGUGCGUGACCCCAGCCUGGAGCCGUGUGGGCGCCUCUGCUUCUACCAGGAGCCGCGGACAGCAGACGCGACCCCAGUGUGCAGCCUCAACAUCACGCUACCGCCUCACGAGCCUCUGGCUGAUGAAGAUGACGAUGAACCCCUGUAUGAUGAGAGUGACAGAGAGUAUCUGACGCCAGACUCAGACGUUGACGAGAUGCUGCGAGGAGACCUGCACCUCGCCCUCGUCGCAGAGAAGCUCGACUCGGCCUGGCCUGCUUUGGCAGAGAAGAUGGGGAUUUCUCCAGAUAAGCUGAAGGAGGCCGUGCAGAAAGCGGAGGAGGGGGAGGGCGAGGAAGUGGCUGACGAGGUGGAGGAGCUGGGUCUGUCGAUGGAGGCACAGAAGGCGUUCUGCCUCCUCAAGCUGUGGGCUCACCGCGAGGGCAACCGGGCCACCGGCACCCAGCUAGAGCGGUACCUGGUUGCCAUGAAGAGGCCGGACGUGGCUCAGGUGGCGGCGGUAGGGGGCUCGGCGCCGCCCCCCCCUCACUUCCCCGGGAUCCCCCGCAGCACCACGGGCCCCGAGCGCCCCACUCUGGAGCAAACAGCGCACGGCGCGGCCGUCCCUGCCGCCGUCGCCGCCCCCCCCGUGCCGAAGAUCCACCUGCACGCCCUCUCCGAGCGAUUUGAUUUUGGUUGCCAUGACGAUGACGCGGACGACGAGGGUGACGACGCGGGCGAUGUGCCCGUCCCGGCCCACGAUGACGGCGACCGUGACGAUGACUUCACCGCAAAUUUCUCCGAUAUGUUUGCCAGCGCAAUUCCACUGUGCACCACCUCCUCCUCCUCAACCGGCGCGGAGAGCGUUGGAUUCCGCAACGUCCGAGACGCACGGCGAGGCCACGCAGAGACCCAGCCGGCGCCAUCGUCAUCAUCGCUAGCAUCCACACCACCACCGCCCCCACCACGAUCGUCAACGCUGCCAUCGCGAAUGCCAACGCUGCCAUCGCGACCAUCGCAAUCAUCGGCGCUACCUCCGCUGCCACCGUCACGAUCGUCGACGCUACCGUCACGAUCGUCAGCGCCGCCAUCAACGGGAUUUUCGUUCACCCCACAGCGUUCGUCACUCCCCUCCGCCUCUCUGCCGCCUCGCAUGCCACCCGCCGGUCCGUCACCGCCAUCGCCACCCGCCCCCACCGCCACUCCCGCCACGCCGCCUCCUGCACCGAUGCCAGAUUUCCCGGCGUCGUUCGUGUUCACCAGAACAACGCUCAUAACGAACAGGAUGCUGACAUCACCGCUCGCCACAACAGCCACGCCGCUCGCCACUCAAACCGCACCGCUCGCCACUCAAAACGCACCGCUCGCCACCGCAGCCACAUCUCUGCUCGGCGCCUCGGCCGCACCACUCCCGUUCCCUGCCGCGCCGUCGCUGCCCCCUCGCGCUGGCGAGUUGUUUCCUGGGCUGCCGCCGGGGGUGCCCCUGGGAGCGAGGGGGUUCCCCUGCGAAGAGGGAUUUUCCCCGGACUCGUUCCCAAACUUCCGCGUCACCACCGUGAAGAGAACGCGGCUCGCCGAGUUCAAGACAGACCCCGAGUGGUCGGAGGAGCGAGUGCGCGCACUCAUGGAGCGUCUGGAGAGGGAGACCGACGGCGCUCACGUGAACCUCUCGGCUGAGCAGAUACGGGCGGCUCGCCGACGAGGUCACGCCGAGUCGCCCCCCUCUUCUGGCGAAACAGCUCAGCGUGGGUUGUCCACCCCGGGAACUCUGGUCGGCUACCUGAAGGAGAGAGCCACGCAGCAGCCCCCCAGUGUCAAAGCACCCUCGAGCGGGGGUCAUGAGGAGAGGGGGGGCCCGGGGGGCGAGGAGGUGGAGAGGGAGGAGAUGAGGAAGAGAGCGGAGGAGGAGAGGAAGGGGAGGGAGGAGCAGGAGAGGAAGAGGAGGGAGGAGGAGGAGAGUGAGAAGGAGGAGAGGAAGAGGGAGAAGGAGGAGGAACAGAGAAGGGAGAUGGUGAAGAAAGAGGAGAGGAAGAGGCAGGAGGAGGAGGAGAGAAAGAGGGAGAAGGAGGAGAGGGAGAUGGAAGAGAAGAAAAAAGAGGAGAGGAAAAUGGUGGAGGAGGAGAGGAAGAGGCUGGAGGAGGAGAUGGAAAGGGAGGAGCAGACAAAGCGGGAGAUGAAGAGGGUGGAGGAGGAGAUGGAAAGGGUGGAGGAGGAGAUGAGAAUGGAGGAGCAGAGGAAGAGGGAGGAGGAGAUGAAGAGGCUGGAGGAGGAGAUGAAGAGGGUGGAGGAGGAGAUGAGAGUGGAGGAGCAGAAGAAGAGGGAGAUGAAGAGGGUGGAGGAGGAGAGGAAGAAGGAGGAGGAGAGAAAGAGAUUGAUGAAGAAGAAAGAGGAGGAGCAGAGGAAGAGGGAGGAGCUGAAGAGGGAGAAGGAUGAGAUGGAAAGGGAGGAGCAGAAGAAGAGGGAGGAGGAGAGGGUGGAAGAGGAGAAGAGGGUAGAGCAGGAGAGGAGGAAGAGGGAGGAGGAGAGGAAGAAAGAAGAGAUGAAGAGGAUGGAGGAGGAGAUGAAGAGGGAGGAGCAGAGGAAGAGGGCAGAGGAGGAAAUGAAGAGGGUGGAGGAGGAGAUGAAAAGGGAGGAGAGGAAGAGAGAGAUGGAGGAGAAGAGGGAGGAGCAGAGGAAGAAAGAAGAGAUGAAGAGGUUGGAGGAGGAGGAGAGGAGGAAGAAAGAGGAGAUGAAGAGGGUGGAGGAGGAGGAGAGAAAGAGGGUGGAGGAGGAGGAGAUGAAGAGGGUGGAAGAGAAGAAAAGGGUGGAGGAGCAGAGGAAGAAGAAAGAAGAGCAGAGGAAGAAAGAAGAGAGGAAGAGGAUGGAGGAGGAGAGGAAGAGAGUGGAGGAGGAGAUGGAAAGGGAGGAGCAGAGGAAGAGGGUGGAGGAGGAGAUGAAGAGAGUGGAGGAGGAGAUAAAGAGGGACCAGGAGAGGAAGAUGGAGAUGAGGAGAGUCCCACCUGCGCCCCUGGCCAGAGAGGAGCCUCGGGGCGACGAGGAGGAUGAGGAUGAGGAGGGAGCCGGUCAGGGCGAAGAGGGGUCACCGGCUAUCGCCGAAGGUCGGCUCGGAGCCAUCCCCGAAGAAGUGGAGCCUGUGGAGGGCAACGAGGUGUCGGGAAGAAUCCUGUCACGAGGAGGAGUUGAGGUCGUGGAGGAGGAGGAUGAGGAGAUGAGUCCUGAUGAGGGUUCGCCUGUUGAAGAGGAGGUGUCACGCGCUCUGGGCAGCCGAGAGACAACGAGCAGCUCCGACGAGGAGGAGCUCGUGACCACGCGCGUCAUCAGGCGGCGCGUCAUCAUCAAGGGCGAGGACGUUACGGACAUGCCCACGGACUCGGUGACGGAGGAACAAUUCACAGACGAGUUCGGCAACAUUGUGACACGGAAGGUUACAAGGAAAAUCAUUCGAAGGAUCCUGAGUCCCGAAACAGGCCCGACAACCGGAGGAGGCCUCCUGGACCCUAGCUGCCACGGCCAGCCAGGGCCAGCAGCCGCGCCGCUCACCGUGGGCUCCUCGCCCACCGUGGGCUCCUCGCCCGGCACCCAGAGGGGAGCAGCGGAGGUGAGCGACUCGGGGGGAGACGCAGCCCCAACCACGGCCGACGCGGGGGGACGGGAGAGACGCGCGGAGGGAGGAGACGACGCGCGGGAACGCCGCUCCCACGUCUACAAGAGAACCGUGGUUCACGCCGAUGAGCGACACAGCGGGGUGCUCCUCACGGAGUGUAGCGGUGGCGAGGCGGUGCUGACGAGGGCGGUGAGCGACUCUGUGGUGACGGGCUCUCACGCCGAGCGUCGCCAUGGAGACCCCACGCUCACCAUGGACCUGAGCGGCGCUCACCUGGACUUCCAGCAGGCUCUGCUGUAUGCGGGGGCCCCCCCCCAUGUGGGGGAUGUCGACCUCCUGGAGUCGACCGAGACGGUGAACCCCGACGGGUCAACCACCACACGGACGCGCAUGAGGAAGUCCACCUCCCGGGAACACUCGCGCACGCGCGCACCCAAGGCGAGCGCGCUGGAGCGGCCGGGAGAAGACAGCAGCGGAUAGAGAACGGCUCGUGUGUCAACGGUCUCUGUACCAUUGCCUCCCAUCACAGCCCCCCCCCCCACCGCCUCCCACAGUCUCCCACCAUCUCACACCGCCUCCCACUAUCACCCACCGUCUCCCGGUCACACACAUCCCAGAUGGACACUUCCAAAAACCUGUCCGUGUCUCCUCCGCGUGUGUCUCCACCUCCCCGACCCGGCGCGUCUCACCGCCUCCAUGUCGAGUUCACGACUGGUCGAACCACCAGGGUGAGAACUCCGAGACAGGGGUGAGUCUCAUUCGCAAGAGUGAGCCGGGGGGGAGGGGAGAGGAGGGGGAUCACCACAAUGACAAAAGCAAAACCGAUUAAGUGAAGUGCAACAAUGAAAAGCAAAGGGCCAUUUGCGCGGAAAAAAACGACCGUCUUCGCUCGCGGGAGAAAAGGAGGAUAUCGCACCGACGCAAAUGCGUGUCGAGCAAUGGACUCCCUUGUAGCCGCGAGGCCCCCGCCCGUUGAUGCCGAGACCGAUCUCGGCACAGCAACAAAGCCGCGGCUCCAGCGACGUUCACCAGGGCACACGGGGUGCGGUGGACGGGGGGCCACCGUCGGACCGACAGACGAGAGUGCGAUCACUGCAGGCGCGAGUGACGUCGACAAGAUUCCACAGCUCCACCUCUCCCACCCGUGUCUGCCCCCCCCCCCCCACGUCACCCCAUGCAUGCAUGACCAAAGCAAGAGACCCCCCCUCGCACCGAUCUCCAAGGAAGGAGGGGGGGGGCGGCCCUGAUCCCCGCAUUGCUUUUCUCUGCCCCACCACCCACACCCCCACCUUUCCGAGCAUGUUUGCUAUAGCAUAGGGGGGGCACGGGGGGGAGGCCCGGCACCCGCUCCCCCCUUAUGUUCUGCUGAGGUAUCUCCUGCUGGGUAUUGAGCAUGCGUGCUUGCGAUGGAGCUCACCUCUACUCAACUCAGCCGGUUCCAAUACGGACCCCCCCCCCCCUCCACCCCCACCCCCGCUUGGACUCUGCGCUAGCCAGGGCCGUGUGGAUACAAACUCGCAUGGGCAGUGGGUGAAAGCGCUUGAGAGAGCCCAGCAGGACAAUCGCCACCACAACCGCCACUACCACCACAGCCAUUGACGCCAGCGAGAGGGGUGAGGAGUGGCCCAAUUGGUAGAUGUGGCAGGCAGGCAGGCAGGCUCGGCAUGGGGGUGUACCCUGGUGGGAUGUGCCCUCUGCCAUGGGAAGGGCGAGCGAGGGGGUUGAGUGCGGGCGAGGGUGGUGGGUCCUCCCCUCUCACGUUUGAGAGUUUACUCCGGCUUUUGUCGUUAAAAAAAAAACCUUUUAUUACUUACGCAAAAAAUAUUUAAGCCAACUCCAGCUGUAAUGACUAAUCGUACCGGCGAUGAUGAAGCUAUACCCUGUAAGUACAAUGACGAGGAUGAAUCGCUGUGGUUGCCUUCACGUAACGAUGUGGCGCCCCGUGCCCAGAUGCAUGAGCAGCCAAUUA